AAAAGCGGAUGUUGACGGAUUGUUUAAAACGGUCGGCGCCAACGUUUCUUUUACUAUAAUUUUAAUGUAAUCAUACCAAGUAACUACUUAACCAUAUAUACCGGGUAAUGUAGCUAGCCAGACAAUGUUAACUAACGAUUAGCGCACAAACUCAUCUAAUUAUCGGCGGUCUAACGGUAGCUAUGUUAGCCAGGGAUGCUGUUCCCAUGGUGAUGAAACUUAAACGAUAGCUUGUUAGUUGGUGGCCUUAGUCUCGAGCAGCGGUCAUUUUAUGUAGCUAAAUAGUAAAUAGUUAUAUAAAAUGCCUUUUCUAGUAAUGUGAACAGAAAUGACAUCGAGGUUUCAGCCCUCUGAUCCUCAGAGUAUCGGGCUUUCCGGCAACAAUGGCGCUAACGUUUUACAUUUGGAAAACACAGAAUUAUCGUCGCAUCAUAUGAACCUGCAAGCAGCAGCAACAACAGAGACCUGUGACACCUGUCCUCCGCUGAUAUUCAACAGUCUGACGCUGGAUGAGUUGAGUGAGGAACUUGAUAGGCGCACCAAGGAAACCCAGAGACUUCAGGAGGAGGUGGAAAAUGCCACCAAAGUUGCCUUGGAGAGGUUUGGCUGCACUUAUGGCAUCAGCAGCACACCUGAACACAGCGGCCACAACCACGGGUUUAAUGUCGACGACUCACUUGGGGAUUCAUCUAUUCUUUCAGCCCACCAGCAGGCAGUGAUUCAACCUCUGGUCUGUGGUCUGGAUAGUUUAAACCAGGAGGUCAGCGUUCAUGGAAAGGAGGUGUUGGAAAAUGUAUUAGAUGACAGCCUUCAACAGAUGUCUAAUUUGCAGCUCAGCGAGACCGGUGAACAACAUGAACAACAGACAUUCAGUUUAAACGAGGCCAUCAUGGACCUGCAGACCAAGCUGCAGAAAGUCCAGAUGGAGAAGGAUGUCCUGUCUGACCUCAGAAUGAAGGAUUCGAGGAAACACGUUGAUCAGAUGGAAAAGAUGCUGUGCAUGUUGGAGGAGAUCCAAAACAUCAAAAGGUCUGGGGACCAGAAGCGGCAGGAAACAGAGGAUGAGGCGUUGGCACUUAGCAGGAAAGUAGAGACACUGGAACGGAAUGUAAAGGAUUUGUACAAUACACUGUUAUCCCAUGAGAAACAGUGUGGACACAAAUCCAUCACCAGUCCUAAAGCCGCCACUAUCCCAAGACAGCGACCCCUGCCUGUGAAUGUAACUGAGGAUCAUUAUGAAGAGACAGACGAGCUACAGGAGAAUAUUGUUUUGUCAAUAGAACAACUGAGGAGUGAACAAUGCAAUGGAGUAAAUAAGCAAAAAGAAAGAAUGGAACAGCUGAUUGUGAGUCUUGGCCAGGAGAUGGCGAUGUUGACCGAAAAACUGAGUUUAUCCAAAGACAGCGGCGUCAGCUUAAGUGUCAAACUGGAGCUGCUGAGGAAACUUGCAGAGGGACAGGCAUCAUUGCACCAGCGUCGGGUCAGUGCGCUGGAGUCAACUCUCUCCAGCCAUAAAGAUAUGGUUAGUCGUCUGGAGCAGCGGCUCCUUCAGGCUCAGUCGCAGCUGGUGAACGUCCAGAGAGAAAAAGAACGAUCGAUACAACAGACCGAGGAGCUUCAGUCCCAGCUCGGCCAUCUUAAGAGGUGCGGUGAGCAGCAGCAGUGUGAGCUCCGGGAGGAGGUGAAGGCCCUGAGAGGACAGCUGCAGGUGGCCAGGGAGCAGCUUCACAGAGCUGGGGAGGAGAAAAGCCGCCUCCUGGCCCUGCUUGAGCAGAGGGCCCAGGAGGGGAAGAAAUCCCAGGAGGAGGAACUCCAGCGCAAGCAGCAAGAAGCCAAACAGCACCUUGCCAGGUUGGAAGACGCUCAGAGCCAGUGCCAGAUCCUGCAUACAGAAAGAGAGACACUGAGGCUGAAACUGAGUGAAAGAGACAAGAUGAUAGAAUUUCUCAGGUUGCAGAUGGAGAACAGCACCCAGACGACAGCGCAACACGGCCGCACCAUCGACAGCCUUCACCAGGAGAACAGCCUCCUCAGCAACCAGCUCAACCAGCACAAACUGGAGAUUCAGCAACUCAGGGCUGAGUUAGACCAACACAAGUCAGACCUGGCAGCUGCGGAGCACGACAGGCGCCAGCUACAGGCCUCCGUGACGGAGCAGACUCAGCGUGUUCAGGAGGAGACGCUGGAGAAACAGCAGCUCAGCACCCGGCUGGAGGUGCAGCGUGUGCAGUUACUCACCCUCACUAAGGAGCACAAGGAGUUGCAGAGGCUCCACAGCUGUAAGAACGAGGAGCACGAGGGUGUGGUGCUGAGGCUUCAGAGUCAGCUGAGGAACGCCCAGGCAGAUCUGGACCAGGUCAGGAGCACCCUGAGGACCCUGGAAGGAACUGAUGGACACGGCCUUCAAGUGGCCAUGGGCAUGCAGAAAGAGAUCACUGCCAGAAGAGAGCAGGUUGACUCUCUGCAUGGCAGAAUCCAACAUCUGGAGGAGACUAUGGAGAAGCUGUAUCAGGAGAAGCACCACCAGAACCAGGAGAACCAGCGUCAGUUCCAGGAGCUUGCCUUCGUCAGGGAGGAGAAAAGACAACUUGCUAAUGAGUUGGAGGCCCUUCACUCCAAAGAUAAACAGUUGAGGGACAGGAUCAGCAAGCUGGAGUCAAUCCUUCACAAGAUGUCAGAGAGCUUUACAGACUGUCAGGAUUUUAUCCAGCUGCAGGAGCAAGAGUUUUUCCGUCUGAAACUCAAACAUGCCCUGGACUUGAAGGAACUCCAAGGUCAAAAUUUGCGCACUGCUCUGAAUCUAACUCCACCUGUCCUGGACUCUGCGACCCCUUCUGCACUCACUGCUCCACCCUCCUCCCAGCACGUCUCCAACACCCAGAUGAAGUCAAAGGAGCAGCAGGAGAGCCCCACCCGCGAGCUCAGGUCUCUCGUCAAAGAGCUGCGAGGAGUGAUUUCGGAGAACCACAGACCACACACCGAUAACAGCGCCGCUGGCAGCAGCUUCCACAGGAGGAGGUCCGCACCGGAGAGAGUGCACAGAAACGCAUUCAGCACUGACGAGCCCGAAGAAGGAAAAGCUGGCACCAGAUUCAGAAGGAAGACCUGCGGCAGUGAGCCGCAUUUCCUGAAGACAGCUGAGCUGAACGGGAAAACGAUAAACAACUCCUUCAGUGAGAGUCAUCUAAUAUUAAGUCCAGCGAAGUACACUUCCUCCCCAAAGCUGCAAUCACAGGGCCGCAGGUCUCCUGUGCACUCUCUCCUGACCUCUGACCCAAACAGAUAACAAUGACACAACACACAGUCCUGAGGCUGGCUCCUCUACCACAAGCUCACCAGAUGAAGUUGGAUGCCAAAAGAAGGUUUCAUAAAUAUAUUUCAGUGAUUUAUUGUGUAAAUAAAGUUUUUUCUUUUUAAA